AUGCGGGGCCCAAAUCCCUCUUCAACCUUCUGGGGCACCUUCAAGCAGCUCCGCGGUGCACUGGUGGUAGCGACUUUGGUCUGUAGUAAGAAGUGGAGAUUAUAGUUUCAUACAGACACAAUGUCCUUUUUGGCUGUAAGCAGACUAGCGUCUAAACUCCUCAGUUCAAAGAAUGGCACCUACUUCAUUGUGGCUGCUCGACAUGCAAGUGCAUCAACAAAUCUGAAAGAUGUUCUGGCAGAUCUUAUCCCCAAAGAACAGAACAGGAUCAGGAACUUUAAACAGCAAUAUGGCAAAACAGCCAUAGGAGAGAUUACUGUUGACAUGGUCUAUGGAGGUAUGAGGGGAAUGAAGGGUCUGGUCUAUGAGACCUCUGUGUUGGAUCCUGAGGAGGGCAUCCGCUUCCGUGGUUACAGUAUUCCUGAGUGUCAGAAGCUGUUGCCCAAAGCUUCAGGAGGUGAAGAACCGCUGCCUGAGGGUCUGUUCUGGUUACUGAUCACAGGACAGGUGCCCACUGAGGAGCAGGUGAGCUGGCUGUCCAAAGAAUGGGCGAAGAGAGCAGCACUUCCCUCUCACGUUGUCACAAUGUUAGACAAUUUCCCCACAAACCUGCACCCCAUGUCUCAGUUCAGCGCUGCCAUUACAGCACUGAACAGUGAGAGCAGUUUUGCAAGGGCCUACUCUGAGGGCGUCCACAAGUCCAAAUACUGGGAGUUUAUCUAUGAGGAUUCCAUGGACUUGAUUGCCAAGCUGCCCUGCAUUGCUGCGAAGAUCUACCGUAACCUGUAUCGUGAAGGCAGUAGUAUUGGAGCGAUUGACUCCAACCUGGAUUGGUCCCACAACUUCACCAACAUGCUGGGCUACAGUGAUGCACAAUUCACUGAGCUAAUGCGGCUCUACCUCACGAUCCACAGUGACCACGAAGGAGGCAACGUCAGUGCCCACACAAGUCACCUGGUGGGCAGUGCCCUCUCUGACCCCUACCUGUCCUUCAGUGCUGCCAUGAACGGUCUCGCUGGUCCGCUGCAUGGCCUCGCCAAUCAGGAGGUGCUGGUGUGGCUGACAGCACUGCAGAAGGAUCUGGGUGGAGAAGUGUCUGAUGAGAAGAUGAGGGAUUACAUCUGGAACACACUCAAGUCAGGAAGGGUGGUGCCGGGUUACGGCCACGCUGUCUUGAGGAAGACGGACCCGCGCUACACCUGCCAGCGCGAGUUUGCGCUCAGUCAUCUGCCUAAUGACCCCAUGUUCAAGCUGGUUUCCCAACUUUAUAAGAUUGUACCCAAUGUGCUCCUGGAACAGGGUAAGGCCAAGAACCCCUGGCCCAACGUGGAUGCCCACAGCGGCGUGCUGCUGCAGUACUACGGAAUGACUGAGAUGAAUUACUACACCGUACUGUUUGGUGUGUCGCGAGCACUCGGCGUGCUGUCCCAGCUGGUGUGGAGUCGAGCCCUCGGUUUCCCCUUGGAGCGCCCAAAGUCCAUGAGCACAAAUGGACUGAUGACUUUGGUGGGAGCCACGUCAGGCUGAAGAACAAGUUAAAAAGAGAUGGGGGGGUUAGCAUAAAAAAUAAUAAUAAUAAUAAUGAUGAUGAUGAUGAUGAGGCACAUGCAAUGUUAAACCCCAAUGUUAAAUUCCCAAACCCAGCGACAUGGGAUUCAGAGGGACAGUACACUUUUAAUGUCAUUUCAUGAGAAGGGCCUUUGAAAUACAUCACGCCGUUAAGUGUUUACGUCUGUUCAGCUGACCAGUCAGGUUUUCUCACCAUGUCUCAAUAUUUGGAAGAUAUGGAUCAAUAAUUUUAGACACGCAGCCGCAGCGCGCUCAAACGAUGUACAGCUUUAGGUCUGUGAUCACUAAGAUGCUGCAAGUUUGGUCUCCAAAGGGAAUUUUAGAGAGAAUUACACUUCAUUCGUAUUUCUUGAAAAGUUAGUCUCGUAACCUGACUUGACCUUUUCUUUUUGUUCAGGCUUCAUGUUGUUUCACUUCAUUUUAGUGGGUAGAUUUUACCCAAUCACGAUUAUUAGUUUAGUUUCUUCUACGAAAUCUUAGAUGUCUUUCCGCCUCAACUGUCUGCACCUUUCACUCCUGUUGUGAACACUCCAGUUUGGAAAAAGGUCCUGUAAAAAAAUAAAAUAUUUAAAAUAUUUUGAAAGAUACUGCCCCUUUAAAUCUCAAGUUUUCCCCUUUUUCUCUGAUAUUUUUCUAAUUAAUCUUGACUUAAAUAACCUGUCUGAUCAAAAUAACUUUCUGUGAGUCUUUGGAAUGAUGGAGAAUCAUGGAUAAGAAUUUACCAAAUGUUUGAACACAGGGUGUUAUUGGCAGCCGAUGUAAUUCCUUAAGAGCAAGCUUGAACAAAAUGUGUCCAGUGGUGGUGGUGGUGGGGGGGGAGCUUUGUAUUUGUUGGAAGCCCCGCCUUACCUGAGUGUACUUUCACGUCUUUACAUCCCUACAGGAGCAUGAUUUUUAAACAUGGCCUACUCCAAAAUGAGCACUUGCUUGAUUGGAUUUCCUAAUUUGUAGCAAUAGAAACUUGAGGACGAUUGUGCCCCUUUAUACAGAAUUUGUUGGUGUUGAAUAUGUACAAACUAUAAAUCUUUGUGAGCUUUAUUUAUACUUUUUGUAUAUAGGUAUAUAUAUGUAUAGUUUGAAUGUAUAAGCUUUGCGCUUACAUUUUGCUUGUAGUAACCACGAUUGCUGUAGUUUACCGUAUUGUUGCGCUCGGCCUCACAGGUCACUGAACGCUUAACAAACAGAAUCACUGCAGCUAUCUUGUAUGUCUCGCCCAGCGUCCUUGUGUGUAGCUGGUGUCAGCCAGCUGCAUUUCAGGUCUUUCACACAAAUGUUUCAAGCUUGCUCUUAAGUCGACCUUUGGAAGCGGCUUAAUGUGCCGCUGCUGGGUUUAUCGACACUCCAGUAUUGUGUUUGAAGCUGGACUGUGUUCAUUAACAUGUUAGCCAGUUCUGUUUGAAAUUGCUUUGCUGCAGUCUUCCUUCUGGCAUUCACAGGUGUUUUAUUGUACUGUUCUUUCUUGGGUUGGCUUUUAAAGACAUCAGGUUAUUUUAAUCAUCGAACAAAAAGGUUGUACAUGAUAACUAGGGACAAAUUUACGGCUGUCCGAUUAAUCAGAGAAACACACAGAUGAAGAGGCUGGAUGGGUCGAAUGGGAAAGAAAACCUUGAAGCAUAAAUAAUGAAAACCUAAGGGAAAAAAAAAAAAUAAAGAUUUUUUUUUU